AUGGGAUCGGUAAAUUUGGCGCAUGCAUUGGCGGAUUGGUUAAUCCGCGCGGGUUUUCCCGAUCAGGAUACAUAUGAGGAAGCAGUGUGGAACAAGACUAAAGACGUCAUGCAGGAGUUUGUGGAACACAUGCAGGGCGACGAUAUAAUACUGUAUGCAACGGCCUGUGGUAACGCAGGAUGGCAGCACCCCGACUACCCAAACGAUAAGCCCUAUCGAAACCACACGGUGGGGGAUAAACUUGUAUGCGUACUUAUGGUAGGGGCAUUAUAUUUCAUGAAUUGGGGGACAAGGCAAGCACAGGCCACAGUUACGGACGCUGCAACCAACGCAAUCAUACGAGAGCAUUUACGAUGUGCAAUAGUACAUAUGUUCAGCGCAGUAUUAAACGAAUCCGUGUGUCCAAGUAGGUGGGGUACUUUUUAUGCAUGGUACAUAAUGGGACAAUUAGGCACGGACGGCGGAUUUGACGCAGGUUUAAUACAGCAGCGGAAAUGUGGUAGAAACAUAUUUUCGGAAGUACAAAUAAGGGAACUUAAGUUAAAUGAACAAGUCAAACUAUGGUUAGGGAAAAAUAGUAAACUAAAAGAGGCAAUACAGAAAAUAAAAGGCGGUGCACUGUGCAGCACGCUGUGGCAGGAAGAUUGGAACCUACAGGACAUCCUGGGGAAUGGGACAACAGAGGAUAAGGAACGGUCGCCGAUUGUUCAGAUAGUGCAUGAGCUGCAAGACCCAAUGACGGAAAUAUUUGAGGAAAUCCGGAAACAGGCAGAGGAACGCAUAGAGAAAAAGGCACACGGACAGAAGGGGAACUUAGCGAACGAUGGCAAAAACGGACAAGCCGCCACCACGGCGCCAACACCAGAGGAAGCGGCAGAUGAUGUCAUAGCGGAGCAUGGUGUUUCUACACUGGAUACGGUCGUAACGAACGAUAGUGUUGUUGUAGAAAUAAUUAUAACUUUUGAGACAUUUCUGACGUUCAUCACAAAUUGUUUGAGUUAG